AUGGGCUACUUCGAGGUUCCUCUGAUAAGGUUUCUUUCGUCACUGAAUUGUGUAGUUGGGGGAGAGGUUUGCACGGAACACGGGCGUGGGCUAUCUGCCGAUUUUGAGCAAUUAUCCCAAGUUGCUCAGUUCAGAGACGCAAGAGACUACAUUGCACAUUUCAUUAGCGGAGUCUACAGUUUGCGCGUUUGCCAAACAUUUCAUGACAAAGAGUACCACUAUGCUAUUGGCCAAGAAGUGCCCCAUCGACCAUUCAGCUCUGGACGUUCACCAUGCAUCAACCUAAAACUAGAAUUCAGCCCUAUGAAGGGUGUGGGGCACAUUGAGUUGAAGAACGUCGUCAACGAAAGAUCCAACUGGAUGCACUUGAGUCUCCUGUGGAACGCAUUUGGAACACAAAAUCGGAUUUCGCUUUUCGAAGAUUUACCUGAAUCCUCAUCUAAUUUGCACCAGAGACAGAUAUUUUUUGAAUUGAAGGAAGUUCGGUUGUGGUCAUCCACGUAUACGGUGACACUGUUUGAGGUCUUCGGAGCGUUGCCCAAGCCUCGUGGGAACACCGGAUCAGCAAUCCUGAAAUUCGUCAAAUGGUAUUCGGAAGAAUUAAUCACCCUCGAUAGAUAA